AAGCUAGAGUCUAUCACGUGUAGUUAACCAGGCCAGCUAACUAGCUAGUUGUGCUGAUCAUACGUGGAACGGUGUUUGUGCACGUGUGAACAAAUGUUUUUAAACGUGUGCGCAUGGGCUGCAGAAUUGGUUCUGAAAAUGCAAGAAACUACAUUUAAAAUUCUAAAAAAUAUAUGUUUAUCAUAACCAUUACAGUCCUAAUUGCUAAUAUAUAUUAUUCCGUCAAAAGCUACCAUUUAAUAUUGAUCUAUUGGAACCUUAUUAUCGACCUGAUAAAGGCAGUAACCUCAGCCAUGUGGAGCUUGUUUGUAGAAGUUUAUGUGCAAUGAUAAAGCCCUGGUUUGUUCAUUUAGCAGACACGCUCUUAUUUCCAGAGCCCAUCUCUCAGUCAAGACACCUAUUCUAUAGUAAAACCCAUGAUGUAAUAUAACAGACACCUAUUCUAUAGUAAAACCCAUGAUGUAAUAUAACAGACACCUAUUCUGUAGUAAAACCCAUGAUGUAAUAUAACAGACACCUAUUCUAUAGUAAAACCCAUGAUGUAAUAUAACAGACUCCUAUUCUAUAGUAAAACCCAUGAUGUAAUAUAACAGAAUAAAAUAUAGAGAAGAUGCCAUUGCGAAGUGAUCCGCAUCUUGUGUGUGACAGUUAUUCUCAGUGAUCAUUUGAAACGGGGCUCAAUGAGUUGAAAGACAAUUUUUUUUUCAGUGUUGCAAUCAAAAAUCUGUCUUUACAAUAUACAGAUGUUUGAUUUAGUUUAUUCUACCUGUUAUUUAGACUUUUGUAAAAGGACCAUUCCUCAUUGAACACACAUGGUGAUGAAUUACGGACACGACAUCUGUUUGUUGGAGCAAAUCGGUUAAACAGCUGCCACCAUGCCGGGGACGACAACACCCACAGAACUGGGCGACUGAGAUUCCCUGUUUACAGAACUGGGCGACUGAGAUUCCCUGUUUCCAGAACUGGGCGACUGAGAUUCCCUGUUUCCAGAACUGGGCGACUGAGAAUCCCUGUUUCCAGAACUGGGCGACUGAGAUUCCCUGUUUCCAGAACUGGGCGACUGAGAUUCCCUGUUUCCAGAACUGGGCGACUGAGAUUCCCUGUUUCCAACAUCCCAUCUUUUUACUUGAAAGCCGUUCCUGAAACAUUCUCGUUUGUGGUACCUGACACGGUCGAGGGAUGUGAAACGUGAACCCGAACGUGAAGGGCAAACGGUGACAGAGUUGGACAUGGUGGAGAAAGAGAGGAAGAAAGGUAAGAAGCAAAUGGAGGUACCAGAUCCUGAGGAACGAACUGAAGAGAGAACUAAGAGAAAGUCAAACACUCUUCACACACAACGUGUGGGAGACGAUGGAGGGACUGUUGCCGCGGGGGGGAUGAGUAGCUGGAAGAAAAAGCAAACCCGUAAUGACAGAGAGACAGAAGAGGGGAUGGACAGUGGCCUCUCAGCGUCUGCAGUAGAUGUCUCAGAUGUAAGGGUGCCCGUAGAGGCCAUAAAGAGUAAGAAGAAGCUCAAGAACAGGCAAACGAAGCUUGAAGAGGGAGCGGAAAGCCGUGAGACAGUUUUAAGAUUAGCAGAUGAUCCUGAAAUCAUAGAACUGUACACUGAAGCGGUUGAGGGAGGGGAAAAUGUGGUAACGGAGGUACAGAAGAACGAAAAAGAGAACAGGAAACGAAAGAAGGAAAAAGUUGGAGAGAUUCAACUGAGCGUUUGUCCAGAUGAAACCGAGCUCCCAGGUAUUCUAGAACAAACUGGGAGAAAAUGGAAAACGACAACGAGGCUGAAAACACAACCGGAUGGAGGGGCUGAAGAGGGCAGCAGGAGAAACAAGAGACAAUGCUGCAGAGAGUCCGACACGGGAAUGGACAGUGUCCCCUCUAAGUCAGAUAACAGGACUCCUGAUGCUGGACCAGAAUCUGAGACAGGGCAAGAUGGCCUCCAUACAACCAUGGUGGAGACAAGCACCCAACACCGCAGACGCAUGCAAAACGAUAAAGCUCUAAGUGAAAACGAAUGGAGGGCUAUGAUUGAGCUCAAAGAGUUUGUUCCCAAUAUUGCGUCGCGGCCUGUUAAUAAGAUCAGAGCGAUGAUCAAGUAUGAUCUUGAUCGAUUCAAGGAAUUCCGAAGACAAGGCAUUUCCCUGCGAACCGGACGAUACAGCGCACAGGAGAACAGACAACUCAUGAGUAACAUAAACGACUUCCUGGCUCUCACAGGGAUUGAGAAUGCCGCUAAACUCUUCCAUACAAAGCGCUUCAGAGACGAACUGUCUUUCAUCCAGAGGCUGAAGAGUCAUCACAGAUUCCCUGAGAGAAUAGGUGAAGGAAUCCCGAGGCCUUGGCAUAAGAUCUAUACUCGUGGUGGGAGGAAAAUGUUUGAUGGCAGCAGUUACAAGGGCCGACGAAGGUUCAGCGAAGAUGAACUUUACUCUUUGAAAAAACUGCAGACGUUGCACGGCAACAAUUGGGUGAAGAUCUCACAGUUGACUGGCCGGAGUGAAACGCCCCUUAGGAAACGGUUUUCUCAGAUUUUCGCAAACUUAGGUUCUUGGGGCGAGGAAGAACUGAAGAGACUAAUGGAAGCUGUGCGAGACCACCUGCUGGGACAGGUGGAGCCUGGCAGAGGGCAUGCCACCGUCAGCAAAGACCAGCUGUACAACAACAUCCCCUGGACAGUUGUAUGCCGGAGGGUUAAGACACGCCACCGGGACCAGUGUCGAAUGAAAUGGUUGGGUGUUAUGGCAUACAAAAUGGCACAUGGACAACCAGCAUUCAGUGGAGGUGUGAAAACCUUAAAGGCUAAAGUGGAUUUGAUCAAAGCGUUGAACGCAAUGCAGGUGGAAGAUGCCUCCGAUGUUGACUGGGAAGAAAUUGCUCACACAAUUGGGGGAGUUACUCCUUGCUACGUACAGAUGCACUACCACAAGCUAAAAGUAGCCAAAGUGCCGUUGCGUCAGAGCAUGUCUUUCUGUGAGACCAUUGAUUUCCUGUACAGUAGUGUUCUGCCCAAGUUUGAAGAGCUCCUCCGACACAGUCAGACUGAGUCAGGGGAGACCGAGUCCAGAGAAGAUCCACAAGAGCACUUCCUGCUCUCAGAGAUCUUUGAAGAUGAGGACGACUGAGAUUAUUACAGCGAGGUUCAGAACAGUUGAUUAUCAAUCAUUUUUUUUAUCUCUGCGAGCUUUAUAUUUUGGAUGUAUUUUAAAGGCAGCUUUUGAAAAGAGUAGUUUGGAUGUAGAUGGUGAAAAUCUAUUGGACGAUAAUGAAAAUGCUGGUCAGGAGUUUUCCUUUUUCGGACAUUCACCGAUACAGAUGGAUGCUUUGUUAACAUUAGACAUGAUAACAUCCCCAGGGGCUGAUCAUUUGGAGCCUGGUCUGCUGUAGUGUGCAGCCACCCCUUAUUGCUUGAUCAGUAGCCCACAUUCUUUAUGUAACAUUGUUAUCAGGAAGUUUUCCAAAAGCAUGGGAAUCUGUAGUAUUAGUAGUACAUCUAUCACUCCAUUAGGGUGGGGAUACAAAUGAUCUGGCCAUCUAUCACUCCAUUUGGGUGGGGAUACAAAUGAUCUGGACAUCUAUCACUCGAUGAGGGUGGGGAUACAAAUGAUCUGGACAUCUGUCACUCCAUUAGGGUGGGGAUACAAAUGAUGUAGACAUCUGCCACCAUUAUUGUUUCAGGCCAUCUUGAUAGAUGGGGUUAAAUCUGAAUUAUCACAGCGACAGAACUCAGGCCAUCUUGAUAGACGGGGUUUAAUCAGAAUUUCCUGAGAUUCAAAAAGGUGUUCCUCAGGGUUCUACUUUGGGUCCAUUAUUGUUUCACUUUGUAUAUUAAAGACAUAGGAAACACUGUUCAUACUUGUAACAUUCAUCUCUAUGCAGAUGACACAGUGUUGUAUUCCUGUGCCACCUCGGUCCAGCAGGCCAUUCAUCUCUAUGCAGAUGACACCGUGUUGUGUUCCUGUGCUACCUCAGUGCAGCAGGCCGUUCGUGAACUUCAGCAUGACUUUGAUCCAGUUCUGAAAUCACUUACAGAUCUUAAAUUAGUGUUAAAUACAAGUAAAAACCAAGUUCAUGCUGUUCUCUAGGUCACGAAAUGUUGACCCAAAGGACCUGCAUAUUUGCGCUAUAAAUGGAGCCUAAAUUAAGCUAGUUUCUCAAUAUAAGUACCUGGGUGUCUGGAUUGAUGACGAGUUGUCCUUCCUAACGGAUAUAGAAAAUUUGACUUGGAAUCUAAGAUCCAAGAUAGUUUUUUUUUUUUAUAUCUCAAUAAAUCACGCCUUAGUAUUAAAAACAGGAAAAAGAUUGUUCAAACCAACGCUUCUCCCUGUAUUGGAUUUUGGUUAUAUUUUUUUUACAGGCAACGUCUGUUUUAAAAUCCUAGGAUGCUGUCUACCAUUCAGCAACACGUUUUAUCACAGGGGACCAUUUUUAGGACUCAUCAUUGUAGUCUGUAUAAAAUGUGGGAUGGACCUCUGUCUGUAAGAAGAGAGAGAGUAUUCUCAUUUAUUUACAAAGCAAUCUGACAAACUCCAUAUGUAACUUCAUUAAGUUAAGCGUCACAAGUUGUCACAGGAAUGGAUAACACUGGAGAUCCCUUCAGUUUCCACAGGAAUGGAUAACACUGGAGAUCCCUUCAGUUUCCACAGGAAUGGAUAACACUGGAGAUCCCUUCAGUUUCCACAGGAAUGGAUAACACUGGAGAUCCCUUCAGUUUCCACAGGAAUGGAUAACACUGGAGAUCCCUUCAGUUUCCACAGGAAUGGAUAACACUGGAGAUCCCUUCAGUUUCCACAGGAAUGGAUAACACUGGAGAUCCCUUCAGUUUCCACAGGAAUGGAUAACACUGGAGAUCCCUUCAGUUUCCACAGGAAUGGAUAACACUGGAGAUCCCUUCAGUUUCCACAGGAAUGGAUAACACUGGAGAUCCCUUCAGUUUCCACAGGAAUGGAUAACACUGGAGAUCCCUUCAGUUUCCACAGGAAUGGAUAACACUGGAGAUCCCUUCAGUUUCCACAGGAAUGGAUAACACUGGAGAUCCCUUCAGUUUCCACAGGAAUGGAUAACACUGGAGAUCCCUUCAGUUUCCACAGGAAUGGAUAACACUGGAGAUCCCUUCAGUUUCCACAGGAAUGGAUAACACUGGAGAUCCCUUCAGUUUCCACAGGAAUGGAUAACACUGGAGAUCCCUUCAGUUUCCACAGGAAUGGAUAACACUGGAGAUCCCUUCAGUUUCCACAGGAAUGGAUAACACUGGAGAUCCCUUCAGUUUCCACAGAUUUGGAUAACACUGGAGAUCCCUUCAGUUUCCACAGGAAUGGAUAACACUGGAGAUCCCUUCAGUUUCCACAGGAAUGGAUAACACUGGAGAUCCCUUCAGUUUCCACAGGAAUGGAUAACACUGGAGAUCCCUUCAGUUUCCACAGGAAUGGAUAACACUGGAGAUCCCUUCAGUUUCCACAGGAAUGGAUAACACUGGAGAUCCCUUCAGUUUCCACAGGAAUGGAUAACACUGGAGAUCCCUUCAGUUUCCACAGGAAUGGAUAACACUGGAGAUCCCUUCAGUUUCCACAGGAAUGGAUAACACUGGAGAUCCCUUCAGUUUCCACAGGAAUGGAUAACACUGGAGAUCCCUUCAGUUUCCACAGGAAUGGAUAACACUGGAGAUCCCUUCAGUUUCCACAGAUUUGGAUAACACUGGAGAUCCCUUCAGUUUCCACAGGAAUGGAUAACACUGGAGAUCCCUUCAGUUUCCACAGGAAUGGAUAACACUGGAGAUCCCUUCAGUUUCCACAGGAAUGGAUAACACUGGAGAUCCCUUCAGUUUCCACAGGAAUGGAUAACACUGGAGAUCCCUUCAGUUUCCACAGGAAUGGAUAACACUGGAGAUCCCUUCAGUUUCCACAGGAAUGGAUAACACUGGAGAUCCCUUCAGUUUCCACAGGAAUGGAUAACACUGGAGAUCCCUUCAGUUUCCACAGGAAUGGAUAACACUGGAGAUCCCUUCAGUUUCCACAGGAAUGGAUAACACUGGAGAUCCCUUCAGUUUCCACAGAUU